UCCUGGGAACUCGGAAGUGGCGACAAACAUAAUAACGUAAAGAGAUGGACGUUCCAUUUGUGUUCAAUUUAUUUAGGUGUUUUGUUCAUGUUUCUUGAGGGUAUAUUACAAUAAUGUCGCUUUCAAAAUUAUUCACAACUUAUGUUUUGAGUGAAGUUUAUGUUAAGAAUAUGUUUUUCAUUCAUUAAAUCACUUUAAGUGUUAAGAAACCUGCCUUAGUCCUAGCCAUCGGCAGUUCUGGAUGUUUAUUGACAUUUCAAUUUAUUUGAUUCAACAUGACCACAACCAAGGGCCCCGGUCUCUACGACUUCCUCAUAGAGGCCGAACUUCAGCACUACUUCACUGCGCUCAAAAAUGAUCUGAAGGUCCAAACUGCAGCUCAACUCAAAUUUGUCUCUGAAGAAGACCUUCAACAGCUGGGAAUGUCCAAACCAGAGAUGAGAAGACUGAAAAAAUAUUUUCAUAAGCAUUUUCCCCAAAACUACAUUUCUAAGUUAAAAAAGAUGAUCGUAUACAAGAAGGAAGAGAACGGACAGUCACUGAUGGCGGCCAUGUUGAGUGAUGAGGUGGUGGACAAGCCACCUGUCAAGGUGCCCAACAAGCACAUCAUCCCUGCAGACAGCAUCCUGGUCAACAAGGAGCUUGGCACUGGGGAGUUCGGUGUGGUGCAGCAAGGUGUCUGGACCAAUGAUGGAGAGAGGAUCCAAGUGGCCAUCAAGUGCCUCAGUCGGGAGAGGAUGCAGAGCAAUCCCAUAGAGUUCCUGAAGGAAGCGGCCAUCAUGCACGGGAUAGAACACGAGCACAUUGUCCGACUGUAUGGCGUCGUGCUGGAUACCAAUGCACUUAUGUUGGUGACUGAGUUGGCGCCUUUGCGUUCAUUACUGGAGUGCCUUAAAGAACCUUCCCUGCGGUUUAGCUUCCCAGUCCUCACCUUGUGUGACUUUGCUAUUCAGAUCUGUGAUGGCAUGCAGUACUUGGAGAAUAAGAGACUUAUACACAGAGACUUAGCUGCAAGAAAUAUUUUAGUUUUUUCAAAAAAUAAAGUGAAGAUAUCAGAUUUUGGCCUUUCAAGAGCACUCGGAGUUGGCAAAGACUACUAUCAGACGAACUUCAAUGUGAAUCUAAAACUUCCAAUUGCAUGGUGUGCCCCAGAGUGUAUCAGUUACCUGAGGUUCACGUCAGCGUCAGAUGUGUGGGCCUACGGUGUCACACUAUGGGAGAUGUUCAGUUACGGGUUCCAGCCCUGGGCAGCUCUCACAGGACAUCAGAUACUAGAGGCCAUCGACGAACCAAACUUCCAGAGACUGGAACAACCCGAUUGCUGCCCCAAGGAGUAUUAUACGUUGAUGCUGAAAUGUUGGCAACAUGACCCCAACAAGCGGCCUCGGUUUGCUGACCUUAUGGUCCUGCUGCCUGACUACAAGCCAGAGCAAGUGCAGGCAGUGCAGGAGCUGGGUCCUGACGAGAGAGUCAAGAGAGAACAGCUGGUGUACAGAGUGGGAGAGGUCAUCACAGUUCUGGACAAACAGCCUGUUGCGGGGCUGAGUAACUGCUGGAAAGGUGUGGUCAACAGUGGCAAGACAGGACUGUUCAACCCAGCCCAUACUGUGGCCUAUCUCGGCAACAACCUGCCCUCUAACAAGCCUGGCCAAUUCACCAGGGGAGAUGGGAAGAACACGUACUCGUCACGUCGCAGCAGACUGAGGCCGGACAUGAUAUCUUGUCCUCAGGGAGAUGUAAAGCACACAGGCCAUGUGGGACUGGACGGAGCGUACUUCGGGGACAUCUCCUUCCUGGGCGGGACCAAGUAUGACGGGAUUCCACACCAGGUAGUGACACCGUACAAGCCUCAUGAAGACACGAGUGUGGACCUGGAGACCCGCAGCUGCUCUGACAGAGCUCCACUGCUGCACUCUGCCAGCAACAAUGGACUGAACUGUGAGUGGGGAGAAAACAAGUUGACCAAGAAGCUGCUGACUUCUGACCAUGAAUACCAUGAGAUUAGUGAUGAGGAGACAUCCCCAGACAGUCCCAGGUUUGAUAAUCCGUUUGACUUGGGGCCCAGUCUACUGGAUGAGAUGGAUGCAGUGUUGAGAUGUCUGGGGGGUCCUCCGCCACCCCCGCCUGCACCUCCUAACAGACCCCCUGCCUCUCCUCCCCCGCCACCAUCACCACUGGACGACACUGUCAACAAGCGCAAUGAGCUCAGAGAGAUGCAGAACACGCUCAGCAAGAAUAAGAAGAAACAAGCAACGGUGAAGCCUAUUUCAGCGGCAGAUGAGAAGACGUUAGAUUCAGCUAUUGCAAUGGCCAAUGAGCUGGCAGCUAGGUCCAUGAAUGAUCUUGGCGGGGGGGAUAGACCUCCCUCUGUUCCUGCCAGUCCUGCCAGCCCUACCAAGCGCAAGUUCUCCUUCCGCUUCCCCUCGACCGCCGGCGCUCAUGCUGCUUCCAAGCAACAUGCUCGCACUGAGGGAAAGACAUUCACCGAUGAAGCUGCCUCCAUCCCAGAUAUACAGGAGUGUGUAACGCCCGAGGCUCAGGCUGCGUACAAUGUGCUGGUAGAACAGCCUGCGCAGGACACCAACCCUCUGCGUAUGCUGCGCUCCGUUCCCUUCGUCAGGCCGAGGGUCAGAGGUAACAAGAACUUCUCCACACUUCCCAACUCCGUGUCGAGACAAGCCUCUGAUCUCAGCUCCAGAUGCAGCACUCUGCCACAUCAGACACCUGCAGAUUGCAACAAACCAGACACAGAUACUGACGAUGAUUGCGGUUCUUCCAAAAAAGAAGGUAACCCCGUGCCCCUCCCCCCUAGGGAUAGAAACCGUCCGAUCGCUACCAACAAACCUAGACAUCAGCGGAAACAUCCCCUCAUCAUCCCCUCCACUACGACCCUGGCGAGGCUGCAUCACCCCUCUAACUCUUCAGAGCCUACCUACCUUGGCUUGGAGGAUGAGCCGACAGCCAGUGAAGGGAGAGAAGGCGAGGGCGAGAGUGAGGAAGAGGAGGGGGAAACUCACCUCAGACGCAACAUUCCUCCACAAGAACCGAGUGGGUUUGAGGAGCGGAUAGCCUGUGAGCUGGACGCCCUGGACCACAUGGAGGCAGAGGGAGAGGGAGUGUUGCGUGAACACGUCAGCUGUGAGGAUCUGCUGGAGUUUGCUUGCGACGGUCCCAACACACGGAGGACACGGGGCAAGACCAGUGGAGUGAACAGCGAUGAGGUCCGCAUCAUGGGCAAGGUGCUCGGCAACAAGGUAUCGGAGGACGCUCGUCUGGUCGCACUCAACGCUACUGACUGGGAUGUUCACCGUGCCAUCAAACUGUGCCGACUGGACGCACUUUUGCCAACCGAGUUGUGUUGUGACAGUGGCGCCAAACUGACAGCACUUUGUGACUCCGGCUGGGAGGUGGCACGAGCCGCUGGUCUGCUGUUGGCAACACUGCAGCCGCAAGAUGACGUAGCUCAAGUGUAGUGUAGUCAAUAUAUAUUUAUCUUGUAGUUUUGAACGUCAAAUUUUGAUUCCAUAUCUUCAUUUCAGCCCUAAAAAUAAAGCUUGAUAAUGGGUUAGGUAAGCCAUUUGUGGUAUGGACUGAAAUUUGAAUUCUAUCUAAUAAGCUAAAUCCAUAAAACUUUGGGUUUUUGCAAUUUUGCGAAUUUCUUAUAUUUUUUUUUAACAGUAUUACCUUAAAGGGAAUAUAAUUUUAACUAUUAAAGUAUUUAAAAAUUUUCUAGAUACAUAUUUUUUACAUUAAAAUGUAGCAUAGUAUUACAUGGGAGCUGAUUAUUUGUAAACGUAAUACUCUAACACAUUGAUAGAACCACAACGUAAACUGUUCACUUGGUAAAUACGUAAUUUUAUACUUACCUCAUUUAGUUAAAUAAUUAUAUUUUUUAACUCAAGUCGCCAUUAAAAAUAAGUCAUUGGAUAUUGAAGUGAAAGAAUUGUAUAAAAAAUGCUUGUCAUAUUUAAAUUCUAUUUUAAAAGUUUAAUUACCUUCCUAUAGUGUUUAUAUCACUUCUGAUAACUUAUUCUAAGAAUGGUUCAAAUGAAGCUGGACCAUUUUAGUUGUGACGUUAUGGCAAUGAAAGAUCUGGUGUUGUGGAACUGAGGUCACAUAAGCUCUCUAACCAAAAUCAUACUACAUACUUUAUUAGCUUUACUUAGUUAACCAUUAUAGAUUUUUAUCAUUUGUUUAUAAUAUAUAUCAUCUUAUUACUAGGAUCUGGGCUGAAAGUACUUAAUUUUAUACUAACUAGCCUCUUAGAAAAUGUUUAUUAACCAAUCUCUUAUUGCAUUUCCUAUGUUUAGAGUGUAUAAAGUUAACUAAAUGGUUUUUGUAGAUAGUACUAAAUGCAUGAGAAUUAUUUUUAUUGACUGUUUGUACAUUACAUUAUAUUAUUUGAUAAAAUUUUUUGUUAAGUAUAAAAUCUAAAAAAAUAAUCUAGUAAAUUUUGGUAAUAGUUUUUUUAUUUGCUCUUUUAUCAUUGUAAUGGCAUAGUUCUAUAAGUUGUUAAAUGACAAAGGUUUCAAAAUUUUUUAAAUUGGAAGACUGUAACUGAAAUGUUAGUUUAAAAUUACUGUGUCAGGUGAAUAUUUUUGAUGUUUUUCAAAUUUAGGGAAUUUUUCCUGCUUGUUGGUGGCGUAUUUGCGAUAAAUUGUUGAAUUUAAACGUUGUUAAUAAGAAUUUUGCUACUUCACUUUUUCUCUGAUAUCGCAACUUUGUGCCUGUUUAGAUAUUGUGUGCAUUUAACAUUGCUGUCUACUUAUGUGUAAACAUGAUGUAUUUUAUAUUGUAUUUUACAGGUGUUUGCAGUUUUUUAAGAUUGAAUUUUUGAAUAAAGGUUGGUUAAAGAAUUGAACAAUGUUAUAAAGAAAAACAUGUGGUCAUAAAAUGUUUAUAGUAUGAAUUUAUAAAACCUAUUGUUAUGAACUUAAAGAGUGUCAGGCAAUAUUCACUUACUGCCUCUAUUAACCAGAGGGCUCAAUAGUUUGAAUAUAGUUUUAAGUUUUAUAAAUAAUUAAUAUUAAAUCCCUUGAAGGUACUUAGUAUUGAGGAAUGAAAGUAUAAAUUAUGAUAUUAUUUAGAAAUCAAUAUUGUUGUUGAGUAAAUGUCUUUUUCUUACUUGAGUUUCUUGAUUUGGUGCUGCUAUUUUUAAAUGGUUUUCACCUUAUUACCAAACAGCAAUCCUUCACCAGAUUAUCAGGACGGAUCUUGUCAAAUACUUCCUAACUUCACAUUUACUCACACAAAAAUAUAUACAAUAUUUACAACAAAUUUCAAAUUCUGAUCCGGUCAAAGAUUUGGGUCAUCAAUGAAUUCUUUAAGAGAGUAAAAACUCUUCUUCAAAGGCUAGGUCAAUACACAAUCUCUCUUGAGCGUGUUUGGUGAAAAAUCACAUACUUACUAGGAAUCUAUUGAACAAUUUAUAUGUUAACUACAGAUAACUGCGCUACUUUGCUCAAGAAAAACCAUGGGAUAUUUAGUUUUCUGCAGCCUCUUGUAUUAUUGGUGGUAAUGAUUCCCGUAAGAUCCAUGAAUGAAACAUACGAUUUUUGGUGGAGAAUGCAGCUGAAAACAAAUUUAUUUCCAUCCCUAUUUCACAUUUUCUGUCAUGUUUCUUUCGUCUUUCCAAUUAACUUUAUAAAAUCAUUCUUUUGACUUUUUACUGACUGAUUGACUAAUAAAAACCUUUGUGUUGAAUUAUAAGAACGAAAAUUCAAGACCCCUGUCAAAUACCACAUUGUCAUUUAAAAAUGCUUUCUUGUGCAAUGCUUCCAACAUUCUUAUUACUGUUAUAAUACUAUCAUUCCUCAAAAUGUUGUUUUUAUUUUAAUAAUACUAUACAUGGCGUUCUAGGACUUUUUUAUAGCGUUAUGUAUUUUCUUGCUGUAAUGCCAAAUUAACUUUUAAUAGAUUGUAACUUUAGUUUUUAGUGAAAUGAAUUAAAAGCAUUUAUUUAAUGUGUAGGUACCUUAACAAUGCAAAUUAAAUGUUUAGUUAAUCAAACUCAUUUAGUCAAUAGUUAGGUCACAACAUUUCUGUUUAACACAUUAUUUUGUAAAAUAAUUGAAAUUUAUAAAUCCAAUAUUGCUUAUUUAUUGUGUUGAUUAGCAAGACUCUUAUAUAAACCUGGCUUUAAAUUAUUAUACUAAAUAUAUUUUUAUAUUAUUUAUUGAAAAUAUAUUUUAUUACUUUUUAAUGUGAUGUAAGAUGUGUUCCUAUUUGUAUUUUGUGUUCAGUGAAUG